GUCAGUUGGUGUGCGCCUUCGAAAGGCUUCCUGUGCACACAGUGGAAAAACAACCAGCGGCACAGACAAACCAACCACACUUUCCUAAAGAUUCACAUUUUUGCUAAGUUUCACAUUUUUUGGUUACACAAUACAAAUCUUGCAAAGCCUGUUUCCAAAAUGCCUCGCAUUGAGGAUGACAUCAAGCUGGACUUCAAGGAUGUGCUCCUCCGUCCAAAGCGGAGCACACUAAAGUCUAGGAGCGAGGUAGACCUCUUGCGGAGCUACACUUUCAGGAACUCCAAGGGCAGCUACAAAGGGAUCCCCAUCAUCGCUGCAAACAUGGACACCGUGGGGACCUUUGAGAUGGCCCUGGCUUUGCACAAGUUCACUCUCUUCACCACGGUUCACAAACAUUACUCCGUGGAUGAGUGGUCGGCAUUUGCAAAAAAGAAUCCUGAAUGCCUGCAGAAUGUAGCAGUGAGCACCGGGACCGGAGAAGGUGACUUUGACAAGGUUUCAGCCAUUAUAGCGGCGGUGCCUCAGCUGCAUUAUAUCUGUGUAGACGUCGCUAACGGCUACUCUGAACACUUUGUUCACUUUGUCAAGGACGUCAGGGACAAGUUCCCCACUCACACAAUAAUGGCAGGAAAUGUGGUGACAGGAGAGAUGGUGGAGGAGCUGAUCCUGGCUGGCGCUGACAUCAUCAAAGUAGGCAUCGGACCAGGCUCUGUGUGUACCACCCGCAAGAAGACAGGGGUGGGCUACCCUCAGCUCAGCGCUGUGAUCGAGUGUGCAGAUGCAGCCCACGGCCUGGGCGGCCACAUCAUCUCUGAUGGGGGAUGUACUUGCCCAGGAGAUGUCUCAAAGGCCUUCGGAGCCGGAGCGGACUUUGUGAUGCUGGGCGGUAUGCUGGCCGGCCACUCAGAAAGCGGGGGAGAGGUUAUCGAGAAAAACGGCAAGAAAUACAAGCUGUUCUAUGGAAUGAGCUCCGACACAGCAAUGAAGAGACAUGCAGGAGGCGUGGCUGAAUACAGAGCGUCGGAGGGGAAGACAGUGGAAGUUCUUUACAAGGGUCCGGUGGAUGUGACAAUACGGGACGUCCUGGGGGGGGUCCGCUCCACCUGCACCUACGUCGGGGCAGGCAAACUGAAGGAGCUGAGCCGCAGGACCACCUUCAUCAGGGUCACCCAGCAGCUCAACACUGUCUUCGGCAACGACAGCUGAAUAUCCAGCUGGGUCCGGCUUCAGAUCGAAGUAUAACUCUGCAACACUGCCUGUCUGAUGUACAGCGACAUGAAUAUUAAUACUGUUCUUUUACCAUCCUUGUUUUUAUUACAUAAGCUAAGGUUCAAUGCAAAUCACUAUAUUGGUUUUUACUUUGACAAGAACAAAAAUAUUUUCCGUUACACUCUGAGUCGCGUUAGACUGAAUGUUACUUUUUUCAUAUGAGCUUCAAAGCUAAAGCAGUUAGCUUCUUAGCAUGUCCGGUAUCUCAUCAUUCCAAUGCAAAGGCCCUAAAUUGUUAUUUGUAUGCAAAUCUGAAGCUGUCCAUGGACAGAUCUAUAGCAAGUCUUCAUUCCCUGAUCCAGACUUCGUCACACACGCAUAAUAAAAUUAUAGCAAACGAGUCUUAAAUUAUUUUGAAAGUACAAAAUAUUUAUGCAGCUGCUAGUUCUUAACAUACUUUUAGAAAUUAAACAUUCCCUUUUUUUGCACUUUAUUUGUCAUUUUAAAGUCAAAUAUUUAACUUCAGAUAUAAUCACAAACUAAUAAGCACAUUUGAAAGAAAUACUAGGUAAAUUACAUGUUUGGAGCAUUUAUACUUGGACCAGUAUAUGCUGAACGCUAGACCACAGCACUAUAGUGCGUACAGUACAUAGUAAUGAAGUGCUGAAUUCACAGCAGAGGUGUUAUCCAGUACCAAAGUGUGUUGGCUGACAUUAACAAUUCAUUUAUGAAUCAUUACAGCCUCUACAUCAACGGGUCAUUCCUUUUCAGUUUUACACCAUGAGCGUGUAGUUACUCCUACAUUAACCGUGUUGUUUCCUUUGCUUAUUGUCACACUGGUGUUAAAAUGUCCAAUUGAAAUGCAGUUUUUUCAAAUACACUUGUCUUAAUCAGUCAAUAAAAGCAUUCCACAUCUUA